CGCACGAACACCCCAACUCAAACUGCCAAGCCGCAAAGCCUCCUGGUUUCCAGCAGCAGCCCGCAUCAUCGCUCUCGCCUGCUAGACAAAAAAGAAAAUUCCCUCGUCGCGCCCGUCCACUACGACGGCGCCGGACGAGCAGACGCCGCCGCCACGAUGCCGACCGCCACCGGCUCCGUCCCAUCCACCGCGGUGGGAGCGGGAGAGGAGGUUGCCGCCGGGACGGUGCUUCUUGGAAGGUACGAGCUCGGCGGCCUGCUUGGCCGCGGUGCGUCCGCCAAGGUGUACCUCGCGCGCGACCUCCUUACCGGCCGCUCCGUCGCCAUCAAAUCGUUCCCCAACCCCCGCGGCGGGGGUUGCGAGGACGGUCGCCGUCUGGUGGCCAUUGAGCGGGAGGCAGCCAUUCUCCGCCGGCUGCGCCACCGCCACGUGGUGCGCCUUCACGAGAUCCUAGCGACACGGAAGAAAGUCCACUUCGUUCUUGACCUUGCCGCCGGGGGAGAGCUGUUCUCCCUCGUCGACGCCUCCGGCCGCAUGACGGAGGACCUCGCCCGCCACUACUUCCGGCAGCUCAUCUCCGCCGUGCGGUACUGUCAUGCACGCGGCGUCUACCACCGCGACAUCAAGCCGGAGAACCUCCUCCUCGACGAGGCCGGCGACUUAAAAGUCGCCGACUUUGGACUCGGCGCCGUCGCCGACGGCAACCUCUGCCACACCCUCUGCGGCACCCCCGCGUACGUCGCGCCGGAGAUCCUAUCGAGGAAGGGGUACGACCCGGCCAAGGUGGACAUCUGGUCCUGCGGCGUGGUGCUUUUCGUGCUCGCCGCGGGGUACCUCCCCUUCAACGAUGCCAGCCUCGUCAACAUGUACCGCAAGAUCUACGCCGGCAAGUUUCGGUGCCCGAGCUGGUUCUCGCCGGCGCUCCGCGGCCUGGUUCGCCGCAUCCUGGACCCCAACCCGGACACCCGCAUUGACACGGCCGGCAUCCUGAGCCACCCGUGGUUCUGUGACAGCGCCAGCGACGACGAGCUGGCCCGCCUCAUGCGUGGCCACGAGGAGGAGGCCUGGUUCAAGCCCGAGUUCAAGGAGGACAUGGCUCGCGCCAUGACCGCGUUCGACAUACUGACCUUCUCGCCGGGCUCCGACCUCUCCGGUUUAUUCGGCGCCGGGCCGGGCAAGGAACGUGUGUUCGUCAGCGAGCCCGCAGGCACCGUGCUAAGCCGCGUCGAGGACGCCGGGAGGAAGGAAGGGUACCGUGUGAGGAGGGAAGGGAAGAGGGGCACCGGGCCGGUGUACGUGGAGGAGGAAAGCGGCGGCAUCGUCGCAAAAGUCAGCGUCUUCAAGCUCGCCGACACGGUAUCUGUGGUCGAGGUCGUGAAGGGCGACGGCGCGGAGGCCGUGCUGUUCUGGAAGGACCGGCUCGAGCCGGCCGUGAAGCCCCCGGCAUUGAACUGAGCUGCCGAGGGUGAAGCCGCGUGCCGUCGCCGUCGCGCUACUGCUGCCAGCGCUUGCUUGGAUUUGUUUCAGUACAAGUGAUGUUUACAUCAUUACAUGUUGUGAUUAUUUUGGUUCCUUGACCCGCGUUCAUGCGUUGUAUGGUGCCUGUCGCACUCUGUGAGCACUAGGCACGAUUUGGUGUCUGGCCGGUGAAAUAAUCUGUAUAAAUACUCCAUGAAGAAGCAAAAAUUCGAGCGAUGUUGAGAGCCGAGACAAAACAAAACAGUCUUCAUCACAUCAGGCUCAGAUCAGCGCUUUGGAUUGACGGCACGACUAAUCCUGCCGCCUGUCGUUCGCGCGAAGAGCAAAGCAGCCGGGAGUAGCAUGUGACCCGAUGACUGAAAUUCUAAAAAUCCAUGGCCAAAAGGUCCCGGAAUUGCAAGUCAAAUCAAACCUGCCCUUAAGAAUUCACCGCUUGCCGGAUGUUUAUCUUGCAGGUCGGGUCGUGGAAAGUACCCGGGGUCAACUGCGGUGCUCACCAUCACGCGUACCGGCAUCGGAGCUUCGGAGGGGCUCCACCGUGCCGUCUCCUAUUCUUCGUCGUUGCCUUGUCACUCACUUCUCAGCUGGAGUACUGGCCAGUCUACCAUAUGUGAUGAGUGAUGAUAGAGCAUGGGAGAAUCCCCCAUGGAUGUCCGUGCUCUGGAGCCUGGCGAUGAUUAGUGGAGUACAUGCUGCCUGGUAACAACGCCAUGUGCCUCGGUUGUUGGAUACAUAGGACGAUCUGACGGUGCCGGCCGCUUGGAUCAAUGAGCCUACCUCCACUUGCCCAGUCCUUUCUAGGACGAGGGGACAGGGGAGGGUGGGACGUGACAUGGAGAAAACAACGGCGGCGCAGCCGCCGGUCCGUUUCGUUUCGUCCGAGCUGGACGGUGAUGCUUCCGCGCUUUUACUGUGGACCGCUGUCGGGAUCAUCGGCUGAGCAGCAGCCUGGUGCCGUGCGCGGGAAGUGACCGCGAUCGGGCGAGCUGAGAAGUUCAAACGGUACAGGUUUGAUUGCUCGAUCCGUGAUCGGGAUAACCUUCAUGGCGACAGGCGGCACCGCAGCAGGCUGGCAGGUUGACGAAAUGCCUGGUUUCCCCAUCGUUCCUUUCAACUGAUUUCACAGUCGAGACAGAGAGAGAUGACAGGACGAGUUGGAGAAACGAGAUAAGGGAAAGGAUUUACGAGAGGCCGUACAAAAGCUAUGUGGCUUGCUCCUCCUGCUACCCAUUGUUGGAUAAUCACGGUGGAUCGAUACAUGUUGACCUCACCUAUCGAACUCAACAUCUCCGAAACGAGAACUGUAUACGUCCAUAAUGCCACGAAUUUAGCAGUUCUUUGACCAA